AUGAGUUGGAAGACGCUGCUUCUUCUGCUGCUGUGUUACGAUGCUCAGACCACUGUGCCCCAGCGGUGGAGCCGCGCCCUGCUCUUCCCCGUGGCACACCGGCCAAAGAGAUCCUCAUCAAUGCCCUUGAACCCAAUCCUGCAGACCUCCUUGGAGGAAGUAGAGCUGCUUUUUGAGUUCCUGCUGGCUGAGCUUGAGAUCAGCCCGGACCUGAAGGUCUCCAUCAAGGAUGAGGAGCUCGCCUCCCUGCGCAAAGCUUCCGCCUUCUACACCAUCUGCAACCAGGUGAUCCCCAAGCGUAUCCCCGACAUUCGCCGGCUGAGCGCCAGCCUCUCCCACCGCCCAGGCAUCCUCAAGAAAGAAGACUUUGAGAGGACGGCGCUGACGCUGGCCUAUGCAGCCUACCGCACAGCCCUGUCCCAGGGCCACCAGAAGGACGUCUGGGCUCAGUCCCUCCUGAGCCUCUUCCAGGCCCUGAGGCAUGACCUGAUGCAGUCCAUGGGCCCCACAGAUAGGCAGGCGCCUGGACAGCAGAUCAGGGACCCGCACAUGCUGUAA